AUGGAGACCCGGACGCGCCCCAUCACAUCGUUCAGGGUGCUCGCGCACAUCGUGGCGUUUGUACGGCAGUGGGCCAACCACUGCGGGCGAUACACGCCGUCGAGUGUCAUCACGCUGGGGUCGCUGCGGCUGUGGCUGGAUAUUUUGACGCCCGUGGAUGCGACGGCGUCGCCGGCCGUGAACAUUUCGCUGCCGCCCAUCGAAAUGUUUGAAGUGCGCGUGGUGAUUUACAAGACAAAGGAAGUCAUGCCCGGCGACGACCUGUCCGAGAUGAGCGACCUGUUUAUCAAGUUGUGGAUGCUGUCCAACAAUGACAAGGCGCAGCACACGGACAUCCACUGGCGCGCUAAAAACGGCAAAGCCUCGUUCAACUGGCGCAUGAAGUUUGACAUUGCCCUGCCCGUGGACCCUCAAAACGAACUGGACAAGGCCAGGAUUGCGCUCAAGUACGGUACUAUCAUCAUCAACUUGAUCAUCAAUGUUGUCAUGGACAACUCGUCGAGUGGCCACAUGCUUGAUAACAAACUGUGGGGUGCAUCCAAGGCAUUCCUGCUUCAGUUUCUUUGCGGUAAGCACAUUGACGCGUUGACAUAA